AGGAAAGCAAUUGGGGUGUGCGUUUCGUAGAGGCGGAAAAAUACCAGAGUGAAAGUUGUUGGAAGCAAGUGUCUAUACACACGAAUUUUUGCCAGUUCGUUUGUGCGUAUGCGGCAACGAUAGUCGAAUUUCAAAUUUGUUGGAAUUAAAUUAAAAUUCCUUUGCAUGCCAACCGAGAGAACCGUACAAAAACACAUUGCGGUGAUCAGUUGAUUUUUUCGGUUAAAUUGUGGAGCGCGUUUCAUGCGUGUGCAAAAAAUAAAUAAAAGGGAAGUGGAGUGACGCUUAAUUUACCGCUAAAGUAGUGAAGUGAAAAGUUAAUUACGGCGUGCAGGAGUCAGCGCGGAGUCAUAGAGCAAAAGCGAAGCAUAUGCCGGCAAAAUAGAGAGCGCAUGCUGCACUAAAGAUACGCUUGGGAUAGGUCCAUAUGCAGUGCCGAGUUGUUGUUGCUACUACUAAAUACAUACAUACAUACAUAGUGUAGACACACGCAGCUUCCGAAUUCGACAACACAAGUCGGUGGUAGGUGCAAGCGCGCUAAAAUACAGUCAGUAAAGCACUGGGGUCAAAACUAACAGUCACUUGAGGUAGCGAAGAACCGAGUGCGUCGUUUGAGGGUUGAAUUUGUGGCGCGCGUCCGUUUCCGGUGUACUCACUCGCUUUGUGGUUAACUAUUGAUGCUGUUUGCUUUGUGGCCGCUUUUCGGCGUUGAGCAGUGAGCGAGUUGUCGAGUUUUUGUGGGCGUGUCCCAGCAAUUAAAUAGAUAGAAAAUACUUAUUGUGGCAUUUUGGCAACAAAAAAAAAAAAAAAUAAAAAUUGGGAGAAAAUUAAAAUAAAAAUUAUUUUUGAAAAACUAAAUUUCGAAAUUGUUUAAAAGCGUUUUAAAAGUAUUUGUUUCGUAUAUUGUGCUCGCACAUAAACAAGCGUAUACCGAAAAAGAACGCGCUCUAACGCCCAAAACGCUGCUAUAGUUAGAGUUACGCUCCUAAUUACUCCGAAAAAGGGAGUUAUACACUUGCGCUCCAAAUGACACAAUAGUUGUUGUAUGCAUCAAGUGGAGUUUUAGAGAUAUAUAUAUGUAUGUGUAUAUGUGUUGUACUAGUUACUUCAAACCACAACAAAUCGAUGAACUUUAUGUGUAUUUGUGUGCAAUAACAAGCCACAACUAGUUGGCGGGAAUUCCAGCAAAAAACGCACAAAAUAAGGAAAAAAAAUAAAUUAAUUAAGAAAAUUAAUUAAAAUUAAAAAAAAGUCACUUCAAACAGUAAGCAAAUUUAUCAAGCGCCCAUAAGCCAAUAACCCGAUCGAGUUCGCGCUGCUGCUUUGACUACGAACAGCAGACACCAGUCCGUCACUCAUCCAGCUAUCCACCCAUCCAUCCAUCCAUUGAACCAACUAUCCAUCCAUCCAUUAGCUUCGCGCUCAGCUAUUUCCUACCCAUCAAUCUAUCAACGACAGUUAUUCAAUAGCAGAUAGCAUCGCAACGCAUCACUCGUCACAGCGUUUUAGCGCAGGCAUACCGGCAAGCAGCAGCAGGAGUCGCAUUUGCAUCAAACGACACUUUUUCACAACUCAACGUAGCAUCGCAUAAGCCAUCAAAAUUCCUUGCUGUAGUAUGGAUACGAAUUCUGUUAGUCCAUUGCCACCACCAGAAGCACCGCUUGCUAUGAUGGAGGUCGAAAAAUCGCCACCGGGGACACCAACAACAAACGAUAUGCCACCACCACCGGAUGAAGAAAAGCGCUACGAGGAGGACUCAGAGAAUGACUGGAACUGUGGGUCGUGGUUCGAGUAUUUGCUCAUCGUUAUACUCUCCACCAUUUUGUUGGUGGGUGUGUUGAUACUCACGCUCUUCUGGAUACUAUUCUAUCGCGAUGGCUUCGCUUGGUCCGACAAUCCAGCAUUGCAAUUCAAUUUGCAUCCCACCCUAAUGGUAGCGGGCUUCAUAACGCUGUCGGGAUUUUCCAUUUUGCUAUACCGCCUAUGCCGUUGCCUGAAGCACAUCUAUGUUAAGCUUAUUCAUAUGUUCUUUCACGCCUGCGCCAUACCGUGUGUGGCUUUGGGAUUUCUGUCCGUCUUCGAUUCGCACAAUUUGUCGGAGCCGCCUAAAGUGAAUUUCUACAGCAUGCAUUCGUGGUUGGGCUUUGUCACCAUGGGAAUGUUUGUGUUGCAGUUCGUUGUUGGAUUUUUCAGUUUCUUGGUGUUGCUGUGCUGUGAGAAUCGCACCUACAAGUGUCGCAGCAUUAUGGUUCCGAUACACGCCAGCUUCGGUUUGGUGAAUUUUAUGUUGGCAAUUGCCACUUGCAUCACUGGGUUGGUGGAAUAUGAGCGCCAGAAUGCGGGCAACGCCGUUUUGAGCUCACGCAACUCGGAAGUCGAACACUACAUUAUAAACGCAUUGGGCAUCGUCCUCGUCGCCAUUGGUAUCAUUGUCUCCGUCGCUGUACGACGAUCGAACGCUCCAGCCACUGCCAAGGUCUACGUUACCGAACGUUGCUGAACACAUUUUUAGCGCUAUAAAUCAAUUUCAUAUUUUUGAAGAAACAAAUUUAAUUAACUAAAUAAGAUUUCUCGAAACAAAGAAAUAUGCAAAAUGUACGUUGCCAGAUUUUCCUUUAACACUAUUAUGCAUAAGUGAACUACUUAAAUAAAUAAAAAAUAUAAAAAAGAAAAAAUUCUAAAAACCACUACUUUUCCAAACUUUAAUUUGUACAGCAGUAACAUAUGCCAAAUUGUCAGUGACUAUUUUUUCUAUAGUAAAAAAAAAAAAUAAAAAUAACGGCACAUAGUGAAAACCCACCCAAAAGCCAAAAUGCAUAAAAGUAGAAACCAUCAACGCCAGAAAAGUAGAGAACAAACAAAACGAAUAUACCAAAAUGCAAAAGAAAGCACAAAUUAUUAUAAAAUACUUAUACUGUAGAUAUGUAUAAGCUAACAUAAAAUCAAAAUUUCCAAUUUCAUUAAAAAAUAUAAUAAUCAACAAUUCGUAAUCAAAAUUAGAAGCAAAAAUCAAAUGUUUAUCAUUAAAAUCAUAAAAAAUUAUACAAAUGCAUACAUACAUAUAUACAUACAAGUAAAAUUGACCGUAACACUAAGUAGCCCAGUAUUGCAUUACUCAUACGACAUGUA